AUGUUCUUUUGUUUUUUUUUCCUAGAACCGGACACACCUGGUAGUGAAAAUAAUGAGGAUUCGGAAACAGAUGGUUCAAUAAUUAGUGAAACUGAACCUCGUGCAACAUUUAGUAAUGAUAAUCACGUUGAAGAUAUAUCAUUUCAAACAAUACGUGAUGUAUUUAAUUCAAAUGAAACAACUCAAGAUCGUUAUAAUCAAAACCGACGUUUAAUUGAAGAUUUUCGUACAAAACCAUUUGAAGAAUUAAAAUCUCGUGUUCAUGAAAAACAACGACAAGUUGAUCAACGAAUAGGACAACUAUUAAAUGUUCUUCAGUUAUCAAAAGAUAAAUUACCAAUAACAACAACUGUAACAACAUCAAAUGGAAUUGUACCAAAUAAUUUUACACCGGCAAUAAAUGGAACACCGAAUAAACAUAUAAAUAGUUUUAAUUAUCCUGAAUUGUUUACUUAUUAA